CUAUUGUCCAAUGCCACUACAAGUCGUAUCGAAACCUAAAGUAACAAAAGCAAGAAUUCAAUUGCUUCAAACAGUGUCGUGACAAAGAAAUCGGAUUUCGGAUCCAAGGAACGGAUACAAAGGAUUCAUCUUCCGUACAACAGCCAUUCAAUAUUGGAAUUUGUUAUAGUGUCUCAAAAACUGCGACUUGUUUACAUUCUACUAAUUCGAUCGAAAUUAUUUGUUACUCAUUUCAGACGUUAUUCGGUCAGUUCUCGGUUUCGGACACAAGACUACGUGAGACAAUAUAGACUAGAAAAUGGAACUUGACAUUUCUCACGUUAUGAGGUGGUUCUUCUUGUAUUUCACUACCUUAGGAUCAUUUUUACCCAAUCAUGUAUCCACCAAAAGUCUACCUCUCUAUUCUUAUGAUAAUUCUAUGCUUGUUCUUCUUCAUCCGUUUGAUCCGAAACUCCUAAAACCAUUUGAUGCUCUAGCUGAAUAUUCUCGGGUUUCAGUGUACGAGAUGCUUAGAUACUUAGAUCAGAAAAGGUUAAGUGGUAAUCCAUUGUAUAACAACUCUGCAUGCGUCGUCGAUGUGACCUCGAUUGUUUAUGGAAUCAUUCGAUCAGACAAGGAGGCAGUGAAAUGGUUGGAUGCCGCAGGCAAGAUUGUUCCUGGUGUCGCUGGUGGUGGUAUCAACUGGGUGGGAAGCAUGGAAUUGUGUCGAAAUAUCACAGAUUUCAGCUACGGUUUAUCCCAGCAUGUUCAAGGAAAGUAUUGCUCUGCAUAUGUGAAACUUCCUUCAGCGGAAGAACUUCCUCAACAGUUGUCAUUCGAACUGAAUUAUGGGGUGUGCAUUCCUCAUUCUUGUACGAAGGAUGACUUGAUUUGGCUACUAGAUAUGGCGCUUUCCAAGGUAAAUUUAUCCAUAGAUAAGUCCACAAGCUUCUGUCAUGCAGAUUUUGGAGAAUUACCUAAAGACGGUUGGUUUUGGGUAGCAAUGUCUUUGUUAGUUCUUAUGAUCAUUCUUCUGAUAAUUGGAACAAUGGUGGAUGUAGUUCUAUGGUGCAAUUGGAAUUAUCGCUUUUAUGAAUUUCUGUACAACAGGAUAAGAGUCAGUUUGCCUGAGGAUACAUUUACUACCAGUGAGGAGGAAAAUUUAGUUGAACAAACUCCGUGUGACCAGUCGAAAUCAGUUAAGUUAUCAUAUUUUGAAUACAGAUCCGAUGUGUUGUCCAAUACAACUCCGUUUGUCAAAUUCGUUGCAACUUACUCUAUACCGUUUAACACAUCCCGUCUAUGGCACUUCAAACCAAGUCAGGUUCUAAAUAAAUCAGGUCACCCUUGUGAUCAUCCUUUACUGUGCUUAGAUGGCAUUCGAUUUCUGACCAUGAAUUGGAUAAUUUAUGGACAUUGUAUAUUGUUUAGCAUGUUUGUUGCAAAUAACAUGUUACUGUACUCACAAAUUCAUCAACCAAAAUGGACCUAUCAAGCAAUAAUUGGUUCAACUUUGUCUGUGGAUACAUUCUUUUUUAUGUCAGGUUUAUUAUCUACUUAUCUCACCAUUCCAAAACUCCGACGAAUUCCCAGUUGGAAACAUUGGAUAAAAUUUUGGUGGAGUUUCGUAUUUCAUCGUAUUUUACGUUUAACUCCAGCUUAUUUUUUAGUCUUGAUACUGUAUACUGGAUUAUUUAAUCAUGCUUAUGUCGGUCCAAUGUAUCCUCAAACUCCCAAUUUGAUGGAUAUAAAAUUUUGUCGUGAUCAUUGGUGGAUAACAUAUUUGAAUAAUUUCAUUUAUCCAGAUGAAACGUGCAUGGGAUGGUCAUGGUAUUUGUCAAAUGAAAUUCAAUUUUCAAUUGUGUUAUCUCCAAUCUUCUUAUGUUUAGUAGCAUGGAAUGAAUCUAUCGGUGUACUGUUUGGUUUUGGACUUGUAAUUUCCAGUAUCGCGUCCACAUUUGGCAUAUCUUAUGCGAAUGAUUAUUUACCUGGUCUUCUAUCAAUUUCAUCAUUCACAACUAUUUACAUAAAGCCGUAUACACGUUGGAGUACAUAUGCUAUUGGCCUUUUAUUGGGCUGGUUUCUCGAAAAAUAUCCCACUAUUUUGGAAAAUGUGAAUACAAAAAUGAAGGUUUUGAUUGGUGUGAUUGGUGUAUGUCUGUCAUCCAUAUUCUGUGUAUCUACUGUCUACGGAUUGUAUGGACUACUAAGUGGAAAGGUCGGACCAUUCACAACGUUUGGAGCUGCAACUUAUACAGCAUUCCAUCGACCUAUUUUUAUUCUCGGUAUUGCAAUCGUUGUAUCGAUGUGUGCUCUUGGUUGUGGUGGUCCAAUUCGCUGGAUUCUCACAUUGUCUGUAUUCCGUGUUCCUUCACGGUUGACAUAUACAGCUUAUCUUGUACAUCCGAUAGUGGUUCUAUUCAUCGCUUUAGGAAGUCAGAACCCAAUACUGCUGGAUGACCUGCAUUUGAUAGCUAUGUUCUUUGCCGUUCUACCAAUUACUUAUUGCUUGGCAUACUUGGUCACACUGGCAACUGAGUCACCAGUGUUAGCUAUGACACAUAGUUCUGGAGGGAAAAAGCCUUUGUCAUCAGAAAGUUCUAUGUAAACGAAAGCAAUCGAUCAUGAGUAAAAUCUAGUCAAAUCAGUUUUCACUCCUUGUCUUUCUUGAAGUUAUCAAUUUGUAUACCAAUGUAAAGCUAUGGAAUUUCGCUUAGUAGUUUUACCAUUUUUCCAUUUUUAUAGUCAAAAUAGUACUAUAUUAGUGAAGAAUUUUGAAUAAGAUGAUAAGUCGUUCUGUGAUAUUAUCUAGUCAUUUUUCAAGUUACCCUUGUAAUUUAACAACCUGAAAUUUCAUUCAACCCCGAUUGUUGUUUAUUUCAUUUCUUCUUCAAUUCAAUAUUCGAAUUCUUGCGAUUUAGUGAUUUAGUUCGAAUAAAUAUUUUAACAUGUCAGAUUAUUCAAAUUGUUUAUGAUUGGGUUUUCUUUGAAUGAAAUGUAGAACUUAAUUUGCUGAUCAUGAUUCUAUUCUGUAUUUGAUGAGUGUAUAUAUCAAUGACAUUAUAAGCAAUUAGAUGAUUUCAAUAUUCAUAGAGCUAAUUGUGAUUCUGGGUGAAUGUAAACACUACUGAUGCUUAAAGGAAAUACAAUGAACAAAUGUCAUGGAAACAAUUUCAAAAUUGUACACUCUAAAGUCAGUGAACUAUAAUUAUAAUUAGGUAUUGAUUUCUAUAAACUGGUCUCUUACUAUUUAAGAUUCUAGUCAUUUUAUAUGACAUUAAUAUGAUUAGUAAACUGUAGAUAAAAGAACGAGUUUUCUUUAUAAGAAUUUAUUUUAUAACCAAUAUUUUCUUAAACUACGAAAGAGGUCUUUACGUGAAGCAAAAAAUGAUUUGAAAUAUGCUUAUAUACGAUAAAACUGGAGAGUGUCAUGAAUUGAUUAACUUUUAUAUCUGUGUUUCUAGUGAUGGUCGAUUGUUCUACUUCUGGGUUUCAUUCGAUCUGAAUCGGAAAUACAUAGUGUCUAUGAUAAUUUUGUUUGAUUCAGAGUGAAAAGGAUAGUGGAAGUGUCGGCUUUAGUACUAUCCCGCUAAAUGUGUUGGUGUAAUUAUACCGUUGAACAUUAGUAAUACCUGAUGAAUGGUUCC